UGUACAUCAUGUUAAGCUCAUCACCGACACCGACAUGAUCAAGUUCAAGUUCAAUGCCGGCCCCGCUCACCCUGAACCCAGACACGGCUAACUCGCGGCUGCAGCUGUCCGGGGAUCUGUGCAGCGUGUGGAUGGGGGCGGAGCGGCAGUCCCUGCCCGAGUCCCGGUGGAGGUUUGACCGAUGUGCCGGCGUGUUGGCGGCGCAGGGCUUCGCGCCCGGCUGCCACUAACUGGGAGGUGGAGGUUGGCGGCCAGACGGAGUGGGACCUCGGCGUGGUCAGAGGAAGGGCAGGGUGGAGCGCCGGCCCCGGGAAGGCUACUGGAGGAUGAGCCUGCGGAGAGGCGAGUGGUACCAGGUUGUCACCGAGCCCCCCACCCCCCUCACCCUGGAGCGCGGACCUCUGACCGUCGGCGUCUACAUGGACCAAGAGGGCGGCCAGGUGUCCUUCUACGAUGCCGGCAGCAUGGCGCACCUGUACACCUUCACCCACACGUUCUCUGAGACCCUCUACCCCUACUUCUGCCCCUGUCUCACCGACGGGGGCAAGAACGCCGAGCCCAUGAAGAUCAGCCGGCUCAACAGCCAGUCCCGGCACCACAUGCCCGUGACGUUACCCACCCACUCCGAUACCUCAUCCGCCACCACCCGUCACCUCCACCCAUCCUAACUGUGGAUAGACACAGAGUGCUGGAGUAACUCAGCGGGUCAGGCAGCAUCUGUGGAGAACAUGGAUAGAUGACGUUUCACAGAGUGCUGGAGU